AAACGAUCCUCUACAUGCGGGAAUGGUUUCGCUUCCAGUUAGAAUGCGAGGCUAUCUUUGAUGACUUCAUCCUAUUUUUUUUUUUGGUUCUUUUUUGUUCUUUUUUAAACUCUGAUACCAAUUUGAUGCCCAUGAAAGCUAAUCUGCCUCGUCAAUCAUGGUCAAGGUCAAGGCCGUGCUUGCCAAAAUCGGGCACAUCAUCUCUGCUCAAUUGAUUUUAAUAGCGUUUGGCAUUGCUUGCCUUUUGGCUUAUUUUUUCCCAGAUGUCGGUGUCCAUGGAGGAACGAUCAAGGCAGAGUACAGCAUUCUCUAUGGUGCUGUGGGAUUUAUUUUCUUGGUCUCUGGCCUUCAGUUGCCUUAUGAGAAGCUUCGCACGCACUCGAAAAACUGGAGACUCCAUAUUAUUACACAGGGAAUCUCUUUUCUUAUCAUUCCUCUCAUAACCCUUGCGAUCAUCCAUAUUAUGAUUGCUGCAGGGAAUCUGCAGACAAAAGUAAUCGACAUAUCUGUGCUAGUUGGCAUGAUAGUUCUGUCUUGUAUACCUACUACUAUAGCCAGCAAUGUUGUCUUUACCCGAAAUGCCGGAGGCGAGGACGCUGCUGCUAUAGUCGAGGUCGUCAUUGGCAACGUCUUUGGAGCAUUUGUUUCUCCUGCUUUGGUCUACGCCUUCAUGCCCAAGCUGCCCGAGUUUGACGAAUGGCAACCAGCAUCACCAAGCACCUUAUCUGCCAUGUACCAAAAGGUUGCCCAGCAGCUGGGUCUCUCGGUCUUGAUUCCGCUCGCAGUCGGCCAAGUGCUGCGUUUCUUCUUUCCAAGGCAUGUAAAAUGGGCUCUGGAGAAGCUGUAUCUUGGAAAGAUAUCAACAAUCUGUCUUGCCCUUCUCGUCUGGACAACAUUCUGCGGGGCUUUUGCGACGGGCGCCCUAUACGUGACCCCCAAAGCCUCGCUAAUCUUCAACAUAUUCAUGAACAUCGGACUAUAUCUCUUGUUCACCGUCAUCUGCUUCUUUUCUGCACGACCGCCCCUGAAAUUAGUAACGUGGGCUGAAGGAAUAUUUGAAAAGAAGCCGUUAUGCAGGCUGCCGACGCUCUUGAAGCGUGUCGUUAUACCGAAACGCAUGUCAAAGGAGCAGACAAUCGCCGUGUGUUUCUGCGGCGCUGCCAAGACCACCAGCCUCGGUAUCCCUCUGGUCACUGCCAUGUGGAACGAGUCGGACAACCUCCGGAGGGCGUUUAUUCAGAUCCCGGUCCUGCUAUACACGAUAGAGCAGGUUUUUAUCGCCCAGAUUUUGGUUUAUUUCUUCAGGCGGUAUAUGAAGAGAGACCAGAAGGAUUCCGGGACGGAUGAGGAUACUGUGGCAGACCCUGCGGGGAACUCGUUGGAAGAUGCAAGAAUCCCGUCGGUUCCCGUAGGUGCUUCAGAGAAACCAGGGACGCAGCCAAGUCCUGUUGAGACACAAAGAGAGAAUCAACCGGAAACGACCACUGCGAUUGGAAAGUAAUUUGGACUAGCUAAUCCCAUUUAUAGAGUUGGAGAUAAUACUAGCAAGCUCGCAGUUUUAGACGUGGCAGUUUGCAGCUCGCUUGCUGUUUGUUGUG